AUGUGUGUGCCCCUUGCUGUUCUGUCUGUGGGAAGCUGCGUGUUGAAGGCUUGGGUUUACGGAGACCUGUUAGCCACAGUAGAUCUCGGAAAUUCAUUUGAAUGUAUGGCUCUCAAAGACACUUUGUUUGGGGGAUUUGUUUUUAAACAUAAAGCUGUUUAUAUUCAUUAUUUUCUUGACAUCAGGAACAAAGCAAGUGACGUUAAAAGGUUUGAUGAGUUCUUGAAGCUUCUACACUUAGCCGAUCACUGGCCCUUCCAAAGGACUCUGGGGCAGCUGCCUAUUUUCUCUCCAGCACACAGUUCUUUCAGGGGAAAAUCAGUGUCACCAAACUGA